AUUUUCGUAGUAAUCAUUUCCUAUUCGAUUAAGAAUUUCGAUAGAACUCCAGUUGUGUCUUGUAAAAGCUUUAACGAUUUAAAUUCAUCAGAUUAUUAUAGAAUACCAAAUUGAAUAAUAUAAACUGUGUAUAAGGAAGACCGAUUGGUGUUAAACGAAGUUGGAUAAUAUAAAACGCUACACUCGGCCGAAAGAAGGCGUGGAAAGCGCGUCGUUCGUUUCUUUUCAGCAGUUUAUUAUGAGAGGACAGUUUGGCGCGAGAGCUGCUUUACAAACUCUGUGAUAUGUCGCUGUAGCAAGUAUGUCGAUAAACACAGAGAAGAGAUCGUCAAGAUGGGUCUGUCCAAAUGACAGGCAAUUAGCUCUAAGGGCGCAGCUAGGCGCGGGUUGGUCAAUGCAUGCCGCUGAUCAGAAGCAAUCGUCUACCAUUUCUGAAGACGAACACGCACAAAUUAUGCGAGUGAUAGAGAAAGCGAACAAUCUGGAUAACUCUGAAGCCCUUCGGGUCGGAAAACUCGUAGAUAGACUAGAUAAUAUAAAGAGGAGUGCAAUGGGUAACGGUUCGAACGAGUGCAUCCUGUGUGCUCAGACCUUUGGUAUACUAUCUUCGGCGACUGCUAUUGUCUGCAUUGAUUGUAAAAAGAACGUCUGCACAGAAUGCUGUAUAAAUUUACAAAAUGGUAAUAAACAGUCGAAAAAGAAUGUUAAAGUAUAUCUAUGUAAAAUUUGUGCUGAAUCGAGGGAACUCUGGAAAAGAUCUGGAGCGUGGUUCUUUAAAAGUAUACCUAAUUAUGUUUUGCCACCACCCAAAAAAACGGAAUCUCGGCGAGGAAGGUCGUGGCGCCCAAUUACGUCUACAAAUGAAGAAACAUCAAACUCUGAUAAAGUAGGUAAAGAAAAAAAUGAUUACGUCAUAGUAAAACAAAUAAGAAGAGAAAGAUCCGAAGAUAGCGACGAUGAUGACGAUGACUUUGACGAAGUGGAUAAAACGGAAAGCGCGAAGAGCUUCAAAGUUGAUGCAGAAUUUGAGACUAAUGGUUCCACGACAACUGCUGUCUCUAAUCAACAGCAAAGUCUUGCGUCGCUAACAUCCGAUUAUGUUACGGAAUCGAAUCAAUCGUCGCCGUCGGCUUCCAAAGGGAACGAAUCUAGAAGAUCCGUAACAUCUGUUUGCAGUAGUGAGUCACCUCCAAGCACUGAAUCUGGAAAAACUGCUUCCGACUUGUCUUCGUUACAUUCAUUAAACGAGUCAUCGGGAUCCUCGGGCACUAUUGAACUAUCAUUGGGUUAUAACCCUUCGAGAAAAUGUUUUACUUGUCACGUGAUAGCUGCAUAUAAUUUAAGGGCGAUUGCUGAUAUUUACGCGGUUCUGAAACUUGAGCCUAACUUUUCCAAAGUUGUCACGCAUAGGAGUAGCGUACAAAAGAGAACACUUAAUCCCAGAUGGAACGAAAUGUUUCAAUUUCAAGAAAUUGGUAGAAACGAUCUGGAUAAACGUUUUUUAGAGAUACAUCUCUUUGACCAGAAUGCUGCAGCCUCUUCGAAUUUUAUCGGUCAAGCGUCUAUUGCCCUCAAGGAUAUUCGUCACGAGAAGCAACAAGUUUACAAGCUCAAGUUAUCUGAUCGUAAAUUUUCAGUGCCUAAAUCAGAACGAUUUCUGCCCCAUAGAGGAGAGAUUGAAAUUGUUUUGACUUAUAAAAAAGAGCCAAAAGCCCAAUUAAUCAUAAGAAUUAUACAAUGCCGACAUUUAGUUGCUAUGGAUAAAAAUGGUCUUUCAGAUCCAUAUGUUAAACUCUACUUAAAGAAGAGAGGCGACCGGGAUAAAAAAAGCAAGCAUAAAACAUCGAUUAAGAAGAAAACAUUGAAUCCGGUUUAUGAUGAAGAGUUCCGAUAUUAUGACUCUAAAGGGGAAGAACUCUUUAAAAAGUCUUUAGAGGUUACAGUAUGGGAUCACGACUUAGGAUCCUAUAACGAUUUCAUAGGAUGUAUUAAUUUUGGUCAGGAUACUUGUAAAGAUACACGUGACCACUGGAUGAUGGCUUUCGAAAAUCCAAAUAUGGAGAUAAAAAAAUGGCAUAUUCUGCAGCCAAAAAGUUAA